AAUAUAUUAUAGGAAUGAAUGGGAGAGCAGGCUCACUGAAGGAGCCCCUAUGCUUACACGACCUGCUUGAAACAGCAGACAAAUCUCCCUCAAUGUAGUCUUCGUUUUUAUGACUUCUUGAAUAUGAAAGCACUCUUUAAUCAUAAGCAGGUGUUUUCAGAGCGAAAGUAAACUAGUGGAAGUCGAGUAUCUGCUAGAUUAUUACAUAACAUCCAGUGUGACGUCAUCAUUGAAAUUGGAUCCAUCAUAUACAUUAAUUACAUGCCUAAUUAACGUGACCAUUAACUACACAAGUGUAUAAAAUGUAUCAUAUGUUUAUAGAAGAGAACGUUUAACAGCAAAUCACUUUCAUAGGGGACCUGGAAAUGAAGAAGCGACUGGCCCUUAAACUAUACCCUACUACCUUGAUAAAAAGGUAUGCUAUCUUUAUAAAGAAAUCGCUGGAAUGCUUUAGAUCCUGUUAGCAGAAUGAAAAUUGACUUGGGACUACACUUCAACAAAGGGUUAAUGAGUCAAGGAAGAAGCUUCUACUUGAGUUAAGGGUAAUCUGCGGCCCGCUAACCUUCUGAAUGGCACACCUAACGCAAAAUUACCUUCAAACAUUUUAGUAAAGCAGCUGGUUUUUUCGAAAAAGAUUGCCCAUAUCUGUUGUAUAUUCUCACUCGAAAUAUUAGAAAUAGCAGCAAAAUCUCCCUCAAAGCAUAUCCUAGUGUCUAAAAAAGGAGUCACAUUGGAUAGUUUUGCUUGGAGUGUGCUAUUCCAGCAGAAAAGACCGUACCAUUAACGAUAUUGUAGGCUUUGAACUAAAACCUCUCAAUCAAUGAAAAGAACAUGUUCUCGCAAGAAAUGAGAACGAGCACGAGAUUUCAAAAAAUGUAAACGAAAUGGCGCCGUCCACAUGUUCCGAGAAGAUUCGAGUGUUAUAAAAAAACAAUUGUCUCUCCAGAAAAAACUGAUUAUCAGACAAUUACCAAACAUGCCUGCCAAACCAAAAGCUGCACGUUCAGAAUGGAACGAAUGUGCACAAUGUGGGAAGAUCAUUAAUUAUCGACAUGUCAGCAAGCAUUCGUUACAAUGUGGUGUUGUAACAGGUAUAGAAACUUCCGGUUACUUGUACCAUGGUACUCUGCAUGGUAUCGUAUCUAGUUUUGGUAAGAAUAGCGAACUUUCAUCUGAUCAAAAGAAUCUAAAGGUUCCUUCAUCCAUUAAAAGUGACUUGGUUUACCUACACCCAUCAUGCUUGCCUUUUUGUAAACUGGCUAUUGGUCAGCCAUGUCUUGUUGAUGGACAGUAUGUACAAAUUAUCUGGCCUUAUGCUUUCAAUGACCCCUGCACUAUUGUGAUGUCGGAUGAACUUUUGCUGAAACUCGACAAGAAAGUUGAUGACAGUGUUUCAAUUUGCUGCUUACCUCAGCCUCAUUGGCAAGCAUCUAUUCUUCAUCUACAACCAAAGUGUUGUAAAGAUUUCCAUUCAUCUAAUGAUUUCAUCAAGUAUUUACAGUUGAAAUUAGAUGGGAAAUUCUUCUGUGAGAACAACAAAUUUUCUGUUAAUUAUUAUGGUCAAGCAUGUUCCUUUACAAUAAAAAAGAUUCAGGGAUUCACAGAACAUUUGUCUUUCCAAGUCUCUAAAUCUAGAUCUGUGGAUACAAAAGGAACAGACAUGCUAACUGAUAGCAUGAGUAAGAUGGAGUUAUCUUCAGAAAAAAUUACUUCUUUUGCUGACAUUCAUCCAGAAACUCCUACUUCUACUAAAGUAAAGCAGAAAAUCUCUUGUGAGAAGAAAAUCUUGGCUGAAAACUUAUCACAAGAUGAGAAUUCUCUAACCACUUCCUGUACAUCCUUAGCAAAUGAAAAUCCUGGACCAUCUAACUCUUCUUGUAGUCCUUCAAAUUCAUUUGUUGAAACCUUAAAAUCACCAGUCCAAGUUUCAACUCCAUUAUCUUCCUCAACUAUGCAAGGUUUCCACACACCAUCGAAGGCUAAUUUGACAUGUGAUAUAAAUUGUGAGAGGACAUUUUUUAAAGUAACCACCAACACCAAAAUUAUAGUUAAUGGUUCUGAGAAGAAAAGUCAAACGAAGAAAGCUCCUUCAGUUUUUUAUUCAUCCGUUGGAGGCUUGGAUGCUCAGAUAGCUGCUCUACGAGAAACAAUAGAUUUGCCACUAUCAUCACCAGAUCUCUUUAGUGCCUAUGGUCUUUCACUACCGAAAGGUAUUCUUUUAUAUGGUCCUUCUGGGUGUGGAAAAACUCUUUUGAUGAGAGCCAUUAGCAAUGAAGUUCAAUGCUUUGUCAGUGAAAUUAAAGGCCCAGAAAUCUGGAGCAAAUAUUUUGGAGAAACUGAAUCUCGUCUGAGGGAAAUUUUCAGAAAAGCAAAAGAAAGGGCACCAAGCAUCAUUCUGAUUGAUGAAUUCGACAGUCUUUGUCCCAAAAGACAGAACAGCGCUACUGAGCUAGAGAAACGAGUUGUCUCCACACUCCUCACUUUAAUGGAUGGCAUCAGCAAUGAUGUCUGUGAUGAAUUAUUACUGGUUGUGGCAGCCACAAGUAAACCCGAAGUGAUUGAUUCAGCUUUACGGCGCCCUGGUCGGUUUGACCGUGAAAUAGAGGUUGGUGUACCAACUGCAAAAGACCGACUCGAUAUUCUGAAAAAGCUGCUGAAGAAUAUUCCCAACACUGUCACUGAAGCAGAAGUCAAAGACAUAGCUGAUGCUGCCCAUGGUUUUGUUGGGGCUGACCUCUCAGCAAUCUGCAAAGAAGCUAGUCUAAAAGCCCUGAGAACAGGAAACCACUCCAGUAUACGGCUGACUGUAAGUCAUUUGAUACAUGGCUUGAAUGUCACUAAUCCAAGUGCCAUGAGAGAAGUUCUACUAGAAGUGCCCCAGGUUCACUGGACAGAUAUUGGUGGCCAGUAUGAUAUCAAACAGAAACUGAAGCAAGCGAUUGAAUGGCCUUUGACACACCCUGAAGUAUUCACCAAUAUGGGCAUUCAACCAAGUAAAGGGAUACUUCUCUAUGGACCUCCUGGUUGCUCCAAGACCAUGAUUGCUAAGGCCCUGGCUACAGAGAGCGGACUGAAUUUUAUUGCUAUCAAGGGGCCUGAGUUGUUUAAUAAGUGGGUUGGAGAAAGUGAAAAAGCUGUACGUGAAGUGUUCCGCAAGGCCAGAGCUGCGGCCCCUGCAAUAAUUUUCUUUGAUGAAAUCGAUGCCUUGGCCAUACAACGAGGAAGCUCGUCUGGUGGCAGUAAUGUAGAGGACAGGGUUCUUGCCCAACUGCUGACUGAAAUCGAUGGUGUGGAGAAACUGAAAGAUGUCACUAUUGUUGCUGCCACUAACAGACCUGAUAUGAUAGAUGAGGCUCUUUUACGUCCCGGUCGAAUUGACAGAAUUCUGUAUAUUCCAUUGCCUGACCUGUUGACCCGUAAAGAUAUCUUUCGGAUUAGAGUAAAUAACAUGCCCGUUGCCUCUGAUGUAUGCAUUGAUUCUCUGGCAAAAAGUACAGAAGGUUACUCAGGAGCUGAGAUUUGCGCUGUGUGCCAGGAAGCUGCACUCAUUGCACUAGAAGAGAAUAUCGAUGUGGAGAUUGUAGAAUUGAAGCAUUUCGAGCAGUCUUUAGACAUUGUAAAACCUCGCAUCACAGAUUCUUUAUUACAAUUUUAUAAAGACUAUGAACAAAGAAGCUCUUUACAUUCUGUAUAGUAUCACAUAUAUACACACACAUACACUCACACAUGCAAACAUAUAUACUUAUUGAACAAUUGAUAUGUUUUGUUAUUCUACAAAAAUAAAUAAAUCUACAAAGUUGAA